GGGUCUGUUAUAUCUCUGAUCCUGAGUACCUCUCUCACUGUGACCGACCACAGCAAGCAAAGGCUGUAAAACAAAACACACACCAAAAAAAACCAAAACGAGGAAGGAGGAAGAAAACAAAAGCUGCUACUCAUGGAAGGUACAAAGGGCACUCGCUAAAGGAUAUCCAGAACUGUUUCACAAGGACAUCCAGGACAGCAUCCUAAGUGGGUUUGAAGCAAUGAGGAGUAUUUUGAGAAGGAUUAAUGAUUCCAAUGUGAAAAGAUUUUGCUCCCAAAAUAUCCUGGCGAUCCUUGGUUUGUCCUCUAUCACUGCUGUGAUAGCUUUGAUUGCUGUGGGGCUGAGCCAGAACAAACCACUGCCAGAAAACUUUAAGUAUGGGAUUGUGCUGGAUGCAGGCUCUACUCACACAAGUUUGUAUAUCUACAAAUGGGCAGCUGAAAAGAACAAUAACACAGGGGAGGUGCAUCAGGUAGAAGAAUGUGAAGUGAAAGGUCCUGGAAUCGCAAAAUAUAGUCAUAACCUAGAUGGUCUAAACACAUACCUGACUGAAUGCAUGGAAAGGUCCAAGAAUGUGGUUCCAAAGUCCCUGCACCCAGAGACCCCUAUUUACCUGGGAGCUACAGCGGGCAUGCGGUUGCUCAGAAUGGGAAGUGAACAACUGGCACAAAGCGUCCUGGAUGAAAUAUCGGAUAUUCUUAGCAACUAUGCCUUUGACUUCCAGGGUGCCAGGAUCCUCACUGGCCAAGAAGAAGGUGCCUAUGGCUGGAUUACUGUCAACUAUAUUCUGGGGACUUUUUUUCAGAAAUCGAAAUGGAUGGGAAUGUUUGCGAGCAAGAAGGAUACCUUUGGAGCUAUGGACCUUGGGGGAGCUUCUACACAAAUCACUUUUGUGCCUAAAAGCCACAUUAUUGAGUCCCCAGGCAGCUUUCUACAAUUUCGCCUUUAUGGUGAUAACUACAGCGUGUAUACACACAGUUUCUUGUGCUAUGGGCAGAAUGAAGCCCUGCAGCAGAAACUGGCCAAGGACAUUCAGGUUUCAAGUAAUGGAAUCCUCAAGGACCCAUGCUUUCACCUUGGUUAUGAGAAGUUGGUGAAUGUAAGUGAACUUUACAAGUCUCCCUGCACCAACAGAUUUGAAAAGACUCUGCCAUUUGAUGAGUUUCAAAUCCAGGGUAUCGGAAACUAUCAACAAUGUAGGCAAAGCAUCCUCGAGCUCUUCAACACCAGUUACUGCCCUUACUCCCACUGUGCCUUCAAUGGGGUAUUCUUGCCACCAGUUAACGGGGAUUUUGGGGCAUUUUCAGCUUUCUACUUUGUGAUGGAUUUUUUAAACUUGACAUCAAAGAACCUUUUCUCUGAGGCAAAGAUGAAUGAGAUAGUAGAAAAAUAUUGCUCGAGGCCCUGGGAGGAGAUAAGAACAUCUUUUCCUGACGUGAAAGAGAAGUAUCUGAGUGAAUACUGCUUUUCGGGUGCCUACAUCAUCUCCCUCCUUCUGCAAGGCUAUCAUUUUACAGACAAUGACUUGAAGAACCUUGACUUUAUGGGCGAGGUCAAGGGGACCAGCACUGGAUGGACUUUGGGCUACAUGCUGAACCUGACCAACAAGAUCCCAGCUGAGCAGCCACUGACUGCACCUCUCUCCCAUCCCACCUAUGUCUUCCUCAUGGUCUUCUUCUCUCUGAUACUGGUUGCAGCGAUCAUCAUAGGCUUGGUUAUAUUUAAAAAUCCUUCAUAUUUCUGGAAAGAAAUGGUAUAGCAGGAGCAACUCAAGUCUACUUGCUGGAGUGGGGAAAAAAAUUGCCCAGGGAGCACUUUUCCUCCGCACAGCUGUGUCCAAGGUCCUCCUUCCCUACUUGCUAGAGCCAGUCUUGACCAGCGUGAAACUCCUUUGGCUUUUGCUGAAGACUUCCCUUGGGAGAUAUUCACCACCUUCUGGUUCAAGGAUUUUCUGGCAGACAUGGUCUCUUGUGUGAGUCUUUCUGAUUACCUUCUUUUUCCGUUGUACUCUGUGCUCAUGUAAGUCAUAAAGACUUGCCACCUUUCAUGACUUUUGCUUUAUAAAAGAACAAUAUUGACUUUGUCUAGAAAAACUGAGAAUUCUGAGUCCUGUGCUGGGAAAUUGAAUUAAUUAACAGAAAAAUCUGAGGAACUGGUUCAGUCAUACUCUAAAAAUUCCACUCUCCUGCUUCACAUAUAUUAAGAAAGCCAUAUUCUUUGGUGAGACCAGAUGCAUAUCCCAUUCUAAGGCUAUGCUUUGGGUAAGACAGUUGUUUUUAGAAUAGGCAAAUACAUGCUAAGACCAAAGAGUUUUAUAAGGGAAUCUAUGUGCUCAUGCAGUUAAUACAAUUCUGAAUCCCAUUAAUAUAGGGAUGUGAAUGAGUUAUAUAUUCCUGAGUUAUGCCAAAUGCUACCAAGAACAACACACAGUCCAGAGAUUUUUUUUUUCCAGUACCGGGAAUCAAACUCACGACCUCGCGCUUGCCAGGCAGGCACUAUUCUGCUGAGCUAAAUCCCCAGCCCCUAGAGAUUCUUAAAAAGCAGAUGUAUACUGUGGGCCAUCAGAUAUUAGGACAUAAUAUGUGGUAGGUAUAUACAUGUUAAGAAGAUAAAUAUAGUUACAACCUGAGUUUGGAAAAAUGCAUCCUCCAAUGCUUUUGGAGUUUUUGUCAUACACAUAACAUAUAAUUCACCAUGUUAACAUUCAAUUGGUACAAUUCACAGCAUUUAGCACAUUUACAAUGUUAUGCAAACAUCAUCACAGUUUGAUUCCAUAUUUUAUCACCAAGAAGUUGGCUGGAAAAAGGACUAUACUUGGGUAUGUUCAAACCGUAGACCUUUCAUCUAUCAGCUAAGUGUGCUAAUCAGCUGCAGCAUAAAGAUGAAACAUCAGGUUUUAAAACCAUGCUGCAUCUUCUUGUCACAAGUUUAAUUUUAGUGAGAGUAUAUUAAAUAGUGUGCUUUUUCCCUGUUAUGGUAUUUACACACCAAAAUGCUAGGAACCAAGUCUGUAAGUGUUGUUGCCACCUCUGUCACACAAAUAUGGGUUUUAUUUACUUUUCCCAUAAAAUAUUCUAUAAGAGAAGAAGUGGCUAUGGAUCUUAUCAUAGAAACAUGAAGAGACCCUAUACCUCUUGCCUUUAAAGGAUUAACAGUUACCUGUUUAGCAGGAUUGGGAGGUGAUGUAUUAUUCUCACCUUAGCCCAAGCUGUCUAUCCAUCUGUGGAUCUGGAGACUGACUGCUGGACUGAUAAGAAAAGGAAAGCUCUUCCACAAACUAGAUGCCAAAUUUCCCUUUAUCUCUUGAACAGUCUAGCUAUACUUAAUAAUAGUCAGGUGAACAUAAGCAUAAUAAAGCUGUGGACAAGAACUUUUUUUCUUUUCUGCUACAGUUGAAUUUGCUGGACCUUGAUUAGGGCCGAGAAGCCAAAUUGGUAUGUUCAGACUCUCUUUUUGGUGGCAACUGGCUGUAUCAUUAUAGCUGCUCUUAACUGAGCAUGGGCGACACAUCAUGCUCUAUUCUCAAGUGCAUUAUGUUUAUUUCCUCAUUUCAUUCUCAUAACAGUCUGAAAAAUGUAGUUAUUAGCACUCCUGAUGCCUGUGGCAGUGCUGAAACUCAAACCCACAUUUUCUGGCCCACAUGUAUUGCUUUUUUCUUUUCUAAACACUUUCCCUCAAGAAGUUGGAAUUGGAAUUUACAACUUUCCUUCAAAGAACACAAAUCUUUUCUUAUUUCUUUCUUUUUGCCACUGUUUAAAAUGAACCCUUUUGGAAAUUUGGGAGCCAAACUCCACUUGUCGAAACCUCAAAUUAUGGAGAUAAUCAGUAGGCACAACCUAGUGUCAGUUCUACUGGAGGGAAGGUUGGUUUUGAGGCAGAUGCAGGAAUCUGCUUUGGGCCAGUCUGGUUGGACCUGAAUAAGAUGGGUCACUAUCAAUUAAUUUUAAUAUUGGAUUGGCUGCUGGCUAUAAUUAAUUACUAGUCAUCCUGAAACUUUCACCCAGGACUAAAAACUUGGUUCUGGUAAACUUAUUUAUUUAUAAGGUGGGAAAAAAUUAUUUUUUAUGAGUUCACAGUGGUUACUUGUGUAGACAAAGGAAUGAGGCUACAUAAUUAGGCUGUAUGUAUGAAAGAGAGAGAGAGAAAGAGACAGAGAAACGGGUGGAGGGAGAGAGGAGAAAAGUUUCAAUUCAUUCAAUUCUUAAUCAGUGAUAAAUAUAAAAUGUGAUAUAAAUAAAAAUUUUUCAAAGUAUACAUCAUUUUAAUGUUGCUAAUACUUCAACUAAUGUCAGGAUACCUGCAUAAAACAGAUGCUAUACUGAAACCAAGGAAAGCUUAAGAGUGACUGAAUAUAAAACAUUUUCAUUUCAACUAAUAUUCAAUAUAAAAGUUAUUGAGCUUUUUAUUAUUAAAAUCUAUAGUGUACGUUAUAUUUACAGGAUAUUUUCACUAGGACUAAUCACAAUCCAAGUACUACACAUGGCUAGUAGCUAACAUAUUAAGCAGCAUAUACAUAAAAAUAUAUAUUUAAAGUUUAAAAGGCAAUAAAACUUUAGUAUCCUUCCCUUCAAGGGUAGGAGGGUUAAAAACUAAAGAUGCUAUAACAUUCUUGGUAUUACAUUACAGAGGAAGUUUUCUAUUAUUCUUAAAUGAGCUUUUCAGAUACUGAAAAUUUCACCUCAUUUCUAAGAUUUUGCUGCCUUCUUGUGGAGACAGAGAUGCUUGUUAUUUGAGUCAAGAUACCCAAUGAGAGACUUUCGGAAAUUUUCCCAAGACUCAAAGAUAAUUCUUGAUACUUGCAUUUCUCAAAAUGUGAAUUUGAAUGUUAGAGAUCAGCCUUUUAAUAGCUCAUAUAAGAAUAAAAUUACUUUUAAAAUACGUUCCCAUUUAUUUUCAGUUUAGUUGGUCUGGUUCCUCUAAAUUCAAAUAGUUGCUAUUCUGUUGGAACAUGACUGUUGCUCAUAGUUAGCUGCAUUCAGGAACUAUAUGUUUCUUUCAGUUGGUGUUUUUAUUUUUUAUAACUUCAAAGUUUGGGUGGCUUACCACAGUAAACAUGUUUAUGGGUUUGCAAGUCAGCUAGGCAACUCUACUUCAGGUGGUAAGCCUGCAUCGGUCCUGUUACAUCCAUCUCUCAUCCUCCUUGUCCAUUGGCUUCAUGGGGCACGUUCUCCUGAUGAUUUCAGGGGCUAAUGAGCGUGAAAGGAAUCUAGGAUAUCUCAUAAGGUCUUGGACAGGACAGGCCCCUUGUCACUUCUACUCACUUUCUUUGGACCAAAAUAAAGCAUACAACCAAUAUCAGCAAGUUAGAGAAACGCCAAGAGGAAUGGCAAAGUCAUAUCGCAAAAGCCAUGGACAGUAUUUACACAGGAAAGGAGUGAAGCAUUGGGCACAGUGAUUCAAUAUAUCACACUGUGUCACAAACUGAAAUGCAAAGUGUGUUUCUUAUAAAUUACAAUUUACUUACCUUUUUGUUGUUCCCCCAAGUCUCAAGUGUUCCAGGCUUGCUUCCCAGCUAGUGGUGCUAUUGGGAGAGGUAGGACAUUGCUGAAGGAAGUGGGUCAUUGGGUUUUACUCUUGAACAGUAAGUGUUGUCCCCAUGCUGUCUGCCAUGACGCUGAGCCUCUGCACAGACCCAGAAACAGUGGUGCCAAGGGACCAUGGGCUGAGAUCUAUGAAUGCUUGUGCCAAAAUAAACUUUUCCUCCUAUUA